CAGCAGUGACGAAGCAUAGCUCGUAGAGAGCAGACGCAAAAUAAAUCAUUGAUGGAAAUUUUAAUUUGGUUGACCUAAUCGCUAUGAUCAACGUAGAUUUGUUCGUCGUGCUGGCAAUUGGUGCCAUCGUUUUGCUUAUCUAUCAUUAUAUUGCACAGAAAUAUCAAUACUUCCUUUCGAAGCCGAUACCAUGCCUGAAACCGACAUUCUUAUUCGGCAGCAGUUGGCCAGCUCUUACCCGUAAACGAAAUAUAGCGACGCAUUUUCAGCAACUCUACAACACAUAUCCGGAUGCGAAGUUAGUCGGUUUCUACAGUUUCACAAGUCCAACCUUUCUGGUGCGGGACCCAGAAAUAAUAAAAAAAAUUGGCGUGAAGGAUUUUGAUUUUUUUCCCGACCAUACACCGAUGCUACCCAGCCAUAAAUUGGACGGUGAAGUUGGAGAGGAAAGUUUGUUCCAGAAUACGUUGUUCGCCCUUCGUGGCCAGAAGUGGCGAGAUAUGCGUGCAACACUCAGUCCGGCCUUUACCGGGAGCAAAAUGCGGCACAUGUUCACACUGGUUGCGGAAUGCGCUCAGUCGAUGUCCAGUUUCUUCGCCUCCGAAGCUCGGAGCGGGAAAAGAUUGGAGUAUGAAAUGAAGGACACCUUUUCACGACUCGGCAGCGAUGUGAUCGCCACUGUCGCGUUCGGUAUUCAAGUGGAUUCGCUAAAGGUGCGGGACAAUGAAUUUUACUUGAAGGGAAAGGAGAUGCUCAACUUUCAAUCGUUUACUGUCGGGAUGAAAUUGUUUUUAAUGUUUUUCGCUCCCUGGCUGAUGGAAAAGUUAAAACUUGAUUUCAUAAGCUCGAGUUUGAAAAAGUACUUUAAGGGGAUGAUCGUUGAUAACAUGCAGCAACGAAAAACUCAUGGAAUCGUUAGAAACGACAUGAUUCACAUACUAAUGCAAGUGCAAAAAGGUGCAUUGAAACGCCAGAAGGAUGAAGUGGAAACGAAGGAUGCCGGAUUCGCUACGGUUGAAGAAUCUGCCGUUGGAAAGACGGCGAACACGCGAGUUUGGUCGGAGAAUGAAUUAAUUGCACAAUGUUUGUUGUUCUUCCUUGCCGGUUUCGAAACGGUGUCAACAUGUAUGACCUUCCUGACAUACGAGCUUCUGGCCAAUCCAGACGUUCAAGAUCGACUACACCAGGAAAUUAUAGAAACCGAGAGAUCACUUAAUGGAGAACCGCUCAACUAUGAAACACUGCAGCAAAUGCCAUACAUGGAUAUGGUUGUUUCGGAGACUCUUCGACUGUGGCCACCAGCCGUAUUUUCGGAGCGUUAUUGCAACAAAGAUUAUCUCUACGACGACGGGGCCAGAACGCGAUUCACCAUCGAAAAAGGACGUACGCUGUUCAUCCCUAGUUUUGCCCUCCAUCGAGACCCGAAGUAUUUUGAUCGGCCGGAUCAGUUCGAUCCGGAACGAUUUAAUGAAGAAAACCGAUCGAAAAUCAAUCCCGCCACUUAUAUUCCGUUCGGGAUUGGACCACGGAACUGCAUCGGAUCCCGAUUAGCACUGAUGGAAGUGAAGUUGAUUAUAUACUAUUUGUUGAAAGAUUUUUCUUUGGAGCCAACUGAGAAGUCACAAAUUCCACUGCAGCUGAAGAAGUCCAUGUUUGUCUUGAUACCCGAGGGAGGAGUUUGGCUGGAAGUGAAACCCAGGAAUCCAUAGGAUUGCCUACCUUAAGGAGUGAAAAACCCAAAAAAAACGAACAUUUCUAGAGUAUACUCCAAGUUGUGUACAAAACAAAAAUCGGAAUAUAUAUAGUUUGCUUGUCUUUCAGUCACGCGCACGACAAACGAGAAUUACUCAAAUUGUUUUUUCCCAAGCAAACUUUGAACCUGA